CGACGUGACCUCCCACGCCCCUCGGCUGCUCUGGCGCCAAAAUGUCGCUGGUGGCCGGGGUUAUCCGGCGCCUGGACGAGACCGUGGUGAACCGCAUCGCGGCGGGGGAAGUGAUCCAGCGACCGGCUAAUGCCAUCAAGGAGAUGAUUGAGAACUGUUUAGAUGCAAAAUCCACAAGUAUUCAAGUUGUUGUGAAAGAAGGCGGCCUGAAAUGCAUUCAGAUCCAAGACAAUGGUACAGGCAUCCGGAAGGAAGAUCUGGAGAUUGUGUGUGAGCGAUUCACCACCAGCAAACUGCAGUCCUUUGAGGAUUUGGCCAGCAUCUCCACCUAUGGCUUCCGGGGGGAGGCUCUGGCCAGCAUCAGCCACGUGGCUCAUGUUACAAUCACCACGAAAACAAGCGACGGAAAGUGUGCGUACAGAGCAAGCUACUCCGACGGCAAGCUGAAAGCUCCUCCCAAGCCGUGUGCAGGCAACCAGGGCACGCAGAUCACGGUGGAGGACCUAUUUUACAACAUAGCCACGAGGAGGAAGGCUUUAAAAAAUCCAAGUGAAGAGUACGGCAAAAUCCUGGAAGUUGUUGGCAGGUACUCCAUACACAAUUCAGGCAUUAGUUUCUCAGUUAAGAAACAAGGGGAGACCGUAGCUGAUGUCAGAACGUUACCUGGCGCCACGACCGUGGACAACAUCCGCUCCAUCUUUGGAAACGCCGUCAGUAGAGAACUAAUAGAAGUUGGCUGCGAGGAUCAAACCCUUGCUUUCAAGAUGAACGGCUACAUAUCCAAUGCGAACUACUCUGUGAAGAAGUGCAUAUUCCUGCUCUUCAUUAACCAUCGCCUGGUAGAAUCAGCGUCCUUGAAGAAAGCCAUAGAAACGGUGUAUGCAGCCUAUUUGCCCAAAAACACACACCCGUUCCUGUACCUCAGUCUAGAAAUCAGCCCCCAGAACGUGGAUGUCAACGUGCACCCCACAAAGCACGAAGUGCACUUCCUGCACGAGGAGAGCAUCGUGGCGCGGGUCCAGCAGCACGUGGAGGGCAAGCUGCUGGGCUCCAACGCCUCCCGCACGUACUUCACCCAGACUUUGCUGCCAGGACUUGCUGGCCCUUCUGAGGACACGGUGAAAGCCACGACCAGCGCGAGCUCCGCUGCCUCUGGAAGUGGCGACAAGGUCUAUGCCCAUCACAUGGUCCGGACGGAUUCCAGGGAGCAAAAGCUCGAAGCCUUUCUGCAGCCGGUCAGCAGGCCCCCCGCAAGUCGGCCUCAGACCAGCGUCCCGGAGGACGAGACAGAGCGGCCCGGCGGCAGGGUCAGGCCGCAGGACAAGGAGACGCCCGAGCCCCCGGCCCCUGCCGAAGCAGCAGCCAAGGAUGAGAGCGUGCGGGGGGAUGCGCCCAGGGGGAUGGAAGCAUCGGAGGAGAGAGGAGCUGCCUCCAGCCUAGGCCUCCCCAGAAAGCGAUGUCGGGAAGAUGCUGAUGUGGAAAUGAUGGAGGAUGGGUCCCGGAAGGAGAUGACAGCAGCAUCCACUCCCCGGAGAAGGGUCAUCAACCUCACCAGCGUUUUGAGUCUCCGGGAAGAAAUCAGUGAGCGCGGCCACGAGACUCUCCGGGAGAUGCUGCGAAACUACUCCUUCGUGGGCUGUGUGAAUCCUCAGUGGGCCUUGGCACAGCAUCAAACCAAGUUAUACCUCCUCAACACCACCAAACUUAGUGAAGAGCUGUUCUACCAGAUUCUCAUUCAUGAUUUUGCCAAUUUUGGUGUUCUGAGGCUGUCGGAGCCGGCCCCGCUCUUCGACCUCGCCAUGCUCGCCCUGGACAGUCCCGAGAGCGGCUGGACCGAGGAGGACGGUCCCAAGGAGGGACUUGCCGAAUACAUCGUUGAGUUUCUGAAGAAGAAGGCGGAGAUGCUCGCGGACUAUUUCUCCUUGGAAAUUGAUGAGGCCGGGAACCUGAUCGGAUUGCCCCUUCUGAUUGACAACUACGUGCCCCCCUUGGAGGGCCUGCCCAUCUUCAUCCUUCGACUGGCCACCGAGGUCAACUGGGAUGAGGAGAAGGAGUGCUUCGAGAGCCUCAGUAAAGAAUGCGCCAUGUUUUACUCAGUCCGGAAGCAGUACGUAUCAGAGGACUCGACCCUGUCGGGCCAGCAGAGCCAGCUCCCUACAUCCUCUGCCAAGCCCUGGAAGUGGACGGUGGAACACGUCGUCUAUAAGGCCUUCCGCUCACACCUGCUGCCUCCAAAGCACUUCACUGAAGAUGGAAACAUCCUGCAGCUUGCUAACCUGCCUGACCUCUACAGAGUCUUCGAGAGGUGUUAA